AUGGAGAAUGGCAGAGCCAUCCAGCAAUUUGGUGUCAUGUUGCAGCAGCAGGCAAUUCUCAAUGUCAGACAUGCUAUUCAACUCGUUCAGCAGCCCAUAGCUGUUCAUAGACGCCGCCGAAGGAGACAAAGGAGAUGGUGGACCAGGCCCUGGUUAACCCAGGAGAGAAGGCUUCAAUUUGGACAGUAUAGCACCAUUCUUGCAGAGUUGCGGGAAGGGGACACCAGCUCCUUCAAGAACUAUAUGAGGAUGACACCGGAAAUGUUCGACGAGCUUCUGCAACGCCUCACGCCCAGACUUCAGAAGUCGGACACCCACUGGAGAAAAGCCCUAGAUCCCGGAUUGAAGCUGGCGGUAACACUACGGCACCUAGCAGCAGGGGAUUCAUACCCUUCCCUCUCUUAUGAUUUCAGGGUGGCUAGGACAACAAUUUCCCUCUUUAUCCCAGAAGUCUGCGAGGCUAUAGUACAAUCAUACAGCGAAGAGGUCAUCCCUAUCCCCAAUACACCUGAAGAAUGGAGGCCCAUAGCUGAAGAGUUUGAAAGGAGGUGGAAUGUUCCUCAUGCAUGUGGAGCUCUUGACGGUAAACACAUUGCUUUGAGGAAGCCCCGCAGAUCCGGCUCUGAAUAUUACAACUAUAAGGGAUUUUUCUCAAUUGUGCUGAUGGCUCUUGUUGAUGCCAACUACAGGUUUCUGUGGAUAGACGUCGGAGGUCAUGGGCACAUGUCAGAUGCCCAGAUAUAUAACAAUUCAGAGCUCAAUGAGAUGCUAGAAGAUGGAACCAUUGGCUUACCACCUCCAGAACCUCUUCCAAACGAUGACCGUGAUAUGCCUUACUUCAUUCUUGGCGACGAUGCUUUUGGGUUAAGGACCUAUUUGAUGAAGCCCUUUGGAAGACGCGGCCUGGAAAGGGAGAAGCUCAUAACCAAUUACCGGCUAUCUAGAGGAAGAAGAGUGGUCGAAAAUGCAUUUGGCAUCCUGGCGGCCAGAUUCAGAGUGCUUCUCACAACUAUGCAACAAACACCGGAAAUUGUUGCAACCAUAGUUGAAUCGUGUGUGUGCUUGCACAAUCUAAUGAGGAUAAGGUAUCCCGGCCUACAACAAGCUCAACUGGACCAAGAGGAUGACCAGCAUAACCUUGUUCCUGGAGCCUGGAGAACGGAUGAGAUGCUGACUGCAAUCCAGCAAGUAAGGGGCCAUAAUCGUGACGCAACCGACGCCAAACAGCAGAGGGAAUACUUAUCCAAGUACUUUAAUAGUGCAGCAGGGUCUGUGCCUUGGCAAGACAGAAUGGUAAACUAG